GAUACCCCAGGUCACCUCCUGUAGCCGCCCCAGGCAUUCCAGGGCCCUCUCUUGUGUCUUUCUCCGCUGGGCUUACCCAGAAGCCUUUCCCCAGCGACAGGGGGGUCGUCCUCUUUAACAAAGUGUUGGUAAACGACGGGGACGUGUACAACCCUAACACAGGGAUCUUCACAGCUCCGUAUGACGGGCGCUACCUGAUCACGGCCACCCUCACCCCGGAGAGAGACGCCUACGUGGAGGCAGUGCUGUCCGUCUCCAAUGCCAGCGUGGCCCAGCUGCACACAGCUGGCUACAGGAGGGAAUUCCUGGAAUACCACCGCCCCCCUGGGGCCCUGCACACCUGUGGGGGCCCGGGAGCCUUCCACCUUGUUGUGCACUUGAAGGCAGGAGAUGCAGUCAAUGUGGUGGUGACGGGGGGCAGGCUGGCGCACACUGACUUUGAUGAGAUGUACUCCACGUUCAGUGGGGUGUUCUUAUAUCCCUUCCUUUCCCACCCCUAGGGCGGCUGGGGCGAGGUAAGGGGCACGAGUUGUAAAAACUCUGAAGCUUUAAUAUAUUUGCUUUCAGUAUGCACUGAAGCACUGGUCGAGUUUUCUGCCCCCAUCACCUGCCCCACCACGAAGGCCUUCCUUCGCUGCUGAGGCCAACCACCUCACAGCACCCAGGCAGGCAGUGAGGAAUGAGGCAUGUGGUAUAUGUCACUGUAACUGGACAACUGGAAGACUUGGAAAGGCCCUCCUGGGCAUGAGCCAGAUCCCCCCCUUGCGUCUUGCCAGCCUCCAGAUCCACUUGAGGGCUCCUGGGCUCUAGCUGCUCCCCCGGGGGCCAGGCUGGGGGCUGGUGUCCUGCUGAUGGAGGAGGAGCUGCUGGGCUAAGAACCCCUGGCUGGUCUUUACUGGACAGCAACACUAUGGCCAACCGUUUACACUGCAUGCAGGAAAGUUUAAACACUGAAGUCAAGUGGCCCAUGCCACCACACAGGGACCCUGAAUUUAGUUUGGGCUGUUCCAUGUUUGGCCCACCACUGCCUCCGGACUCUCCCCUGCUCACGUGGGCUGCUGAUGGGGAUGCAUUAGACUGUUCACGAAGUUGAUUGGCUCCUUAAAUGGCAUGUACAGUUCAGGGCAAAGACAGGGAGCACCAAUAAAUAUAUAAAGCCACUUCAA